UUCCCAGGCCAUGUAUCUGGUGUACAGAGCCCUGGAGGGUGAGCCUGUUCCCAUGUCUCUUCCACCACCCCUGGUUCCUCCCUCUAAGAGGAAAAAGCCCUCUGUGCCCCCCGUGAUGCCCCUGUUACCCUCGCCCCCCUCCGUCAAAGACAGUCGCUCCGCCCACGUUGCCUCUAAGGCCCUGCCCCCGCCCCCAAGACCCGCCCCAGCUCCCGUCCCAGCUCCCGCCCCAGCUCCCGCCCCAGCUCCCGUCCCAACACCAGCCGCCUCCCCUUGGGUGGUGUCGACAGCAGAGAAAGCUAAGUACGAUGAGCUGUUCAGCAAAACAGACGGGGACAUGGACGGCCUCGUGUCGGGACCUGAAGUCAGAGAUAUCUUCCUCAAAACCGGGCUUCCCUCCGCCACACUCGCACGGAUCUGGGAGCUUUGUGAUAUCGGCGACAUCGGGAAACUGACCCGGGAGCAGUUUGCUCUGGCGCUUCAUCUGAUCACUCAAAGGCUGACUACAGGACUGGAGCCUCCGCAGAGCCUUUCUCCGGAGAUGAUCCCUCCAUCCGACCGACAGAACAUCAAACAGGUGAGUCACUACGAGCCCUUAGAUCUAUGA